CUACUAUAUGGAAUGGUUGAUAACUGAAGAAAUGCUUCAGUUCUGGCCUUCAAAAGUGAUGGCAACAGGCUUUGCUCAUCAAAUCCCAAACUCACCCAGCAUCCCUGGAGGAGUGGCUAAUUCAGCUUGAAAUACCCAAGGAGUCCGCUGUCAGAAAAGAGGCCAAGUUUCUAUCACUAUGGUGGAUGUACAGUGUCUGAGUGACUAUGAACUGCACAAGCAACUUACAAAGCUUGGAUUUACACCUGGCCCAAUACUACCUUCCACCAGAAAAAUGUACGAAAAAAAGUUAGUGCAAUUGUUGGUCUCACCUCCCUGUGAACCACCUGUCAAGAAGAGACCAAGAAAGCUUCGUGGAUCUGAGGACAGCAAUGACUAUGAAGAUCCAUCAGUAAAUAUAAUUUUGAAAGGAAAUAUCAAAUUCUCAAAAGACAAAGGCAAGGAAUGCAAAAACAAACCAGUUCCUGAAAUGAAACGGCAGCAGGCAGACACAAGGAAGCCAAACUCUGAGUGUAGAAACUGGAAGAUGCCAAUAAGGAGACCCAAGGCUUCUCCUGGUGAAAGAAGAGUCGUAGACACCUGCUGCCUGAGCCAGAAACCCACAAAGGGAGUCAGGUAUGCUGCAAGACCAUGCCCGAAGAUCAAGUGUAGGUGUGUUGCCAAAGAGGACUACUGCCAAGAGGACAAGAGCCCCAAGAGCAGCUUCCUAUACCAGAACCCCUGGAACAGCUUCCUAUGCCAGAACCUACAGACUAGCUUCCCAUGGAGCUUGAAGCUGGCCAUCCUUGGCAUUUUCAUCAUCGUGUUGUUUGUCUACAUAACUGUGGAAAAGAAGCCGCUCUUGGGUUAAAUCCUUUAGGAGCAAAGCAGCAUGUGCAGCAUCCCGGACCUUUAGCUGGAAACGCAGAUCUCUGCAGAAGGGCCAUGGCUACAGCCAGGCAGCAUCUCCCUGCAUAUGCUAGCUCUCAUGGCUGUAUCUGAGUUAAGCCAGGUGGAGGAGCAAGGGCAGAACCAGGCAGCAUGCUAGGUGCAUGAUGGUCUGUACGUCAAGUAAACCAUCAUUACAGGUGCUAAUAAAUCAGCGAGCUCUUCUGUAAAAGAAACUGCCUGGGCCUCCCUCCCCUGUUUCCUCUUGCCAGACAAAAAGGCUUCACAUUGUUAUGACUGAGACCAUGUGCUACUACAGAGCAUAAAAACAAAGAGAAAAUUAUAUUCUUAAUAAAAUGUGUCCAAAUGUCCAGACAGUGGUGAAAUUUCCAGUUUGGCAUGGUGAUGACAGUGACCUUGAUAUAGCAUAAACCUGUUUCUCCUCAGCUGCAAUCCAGCUUUGAUUUCUCUGUUUUCUGUUGGCGCUCUGUGAUACGUACAAAAAGGUCUGUUUAUCCCAGAGAGGGCACAGAGGACACAAACACACACACACACACACACACACACACACACAGCUAGGAAUCCAGUCUAACUCGGCGAACGGAGUUUCUUGUGAUUAUUGACAAAAAGGGAGUCCUUUUCCCAGCACAGGUGAGGACUCAGGAAGGCUGGCUUCUGCAGCUCCUGUACAAUGUGCAGGAAGCUCCAUGAGAGAGUCCCUUCUCUCCUGCUGUUGUUUAUUGGUCUAUGAACAGAGAGAAGGGCCUCAGGAACCUUGUAGGUUUCCUGUGAGUUAUUGAAAAUAGAUUGCAAAAUUUUUAAUGUAGAGUGUGUGCAUGCAGUCUCACUACUAGGGGAACGGAGGCAGGAGAUCUCAGGAGCCCAGGGGUUCUAAGUCAGCCUGGGCAACAUAGUGAGAUGCUGCCUUCUGUCUUAAGUGUGUUUUCUACUGCUGUGAUAAAACACUGACCAAAAACACAUUGGGGAAGAAAGGGUUAAUUUGGUUCCCAUCCCUGCCCCCUUCCCCAGCACAAUCCAUUACUGAGGGAAGUCAGGGCAGGAACUCAAGCAGGAACAUGGAAGCAGGAACUGAAGCAGAGACCAUGGAAGAGUGCUGCUCACUGCCUUGCCAGGGCUUGCUCAGUCUGCUUGCUUACUUAACCCAGGACCAUCUGCAUAGGGGUGGUGCUGUCCACACUGUGCUGAACCCUCUUGCAUCAAUUGCUAACUAAGAAAAUGUCCCACAGACAUGCCCACAGCCACUCCGAUGGAGGCGAUUCCUCAGCUAAGGUUCCUGUUUCACAGAUGAUUCUUCUUUGUGUAAAAUUGACAAAAAAUAAUCAGCAUACAUCCCCACAAAAAUAUUGCAUACUGUACAGACUGUGUGUAUUGCAGGGAUCACAAUAUUCUGUUAGGGCUUGCCUAAACAGUUUUAUUCUCAUAAAAAGUCUAGAGUUUAAAAUAUGUAAUAUUGUUUAAAGCAAGUAAAUUAAAUCUUAUU